CUCACUUGACAGCAGGAGCACAGUGCACGGUCCUCCUCCUUAGUUGCAGCCUACAAUUCAAGUGUGCACCGGGAAAAAAAACAUGAUAAGAGGGAUGCCAGGACAGUGAAUCUAGGAAGCAAAACCAUAGUAACACAUAAAGGAUUUUAGAAUGGAAAAAACUGGAGUUCUUUUGGUCUUGAAACAAGUGGAGCGUGUGUUUUUGUUUUUGUUGAUGUUUUUUUCUCAUCACAAUGUGUGAGGGAAGGAUGUGGGUCGGAUGCCAGUUUGUUUUUCGUUACGGAUAUAAAGACUGGCAAGUUAUCAGCAUGAAUUACCAAGGGAAGAAAAACUGAUAUCAAUGUUAAAUUUGACUCCGGAGGGAGGACCAUGGCGAAAAGGAAGGGACUGUUAUUUUCACUGCUUUACUUGAUGGCAGAGUUUUGGCUCAGUUCUGCGCAAGUCCUGAGAAUUGGGGGCAUCUUUGAGACACUCGAAAAUGAGCCCAUUAGUGUUGAAGAACUGGCCUUUAAAUUCGCCGUAACCAACAUAAACAGGAACCGGACCUUAAUGCCAAACACCACAUUGACCUAUGACAUCCAGAGGAUAAACUUGUUUGACAGUUUUGAGGCCUCAAGAAGAGCCUGCGACCAGCUGGCGUUGGGCGUCGGGGCAGUGUUCGGCCCCUCUCACAGCUCAUCUGUCAGUGCAGUCCAGUCCAUUUGUAACGCCCUAGAAGUCCCUCACAUCCAGACACGCUGGAAACACCCUUCAGUGGACAACAAAGACAACUUCUAUAUUAACCUCUAUCCUGAGUACGCCUCAAUAAGCCGAUCUGUGCUGGACAUAGUGCAGUAUUACAAGUGGAAGACAGUCACUGUUGUAUAUGAGGAUGCAACUGGACUGAUCCGUUUGCAAGAACUGAUCAAAGCUCCAUCCAGAUACAGCAUUAAAAUCAAAAUCCGUCAGCUGCCGACAGGAAGCAAAGAUGCCCGCCCUCUGUUGAAAGAGAUGAAGAAGGGGAAGGAGUUCUAUGUCAUAUUUGACUGCUCGUACCAGACGUCAGCUGAUGUUCUAAAGCAGAUCUUGUCCAUGGGGAUGAUGACUGAAUAUUACCACUUCUUCUUCACCACACUGGACCUUUUUGCCCUCGACCUGGAGCCGUAUCGCUACAGCGGGGUCAACAUGACUGGUUUCAGACUCCUGAACAUUGACAACCCUCAGGUGGCCUCGGUGGUGGAGAGAUGGGCCAUGGAGCGACUGCAGGCUCCUGCCAAAGCCGAGACCGGAAUGAUGGAGGGAAUGAUGACAACUGAAGCAGCUCUGAUGUAUGACGCUGUCUACAUGGUGGCUGCCGCUUCACAACGCGCCUCCCAGAUCACUGUCAGCUCCCUUCAGUGCCACCGACACAAACCUUGGCGCUUUGGAUCACGCUUCAUGAACAUGCUCAAAGAUGUGAGUUCAUUUUAUGAAUGUGCGACACCUCCCCUCAUCUGUUUCCUCAUCCUUCUAUCCAUCUGUUUCACAGCCUGCUGCCUCGAUUUCAUUUCCUUAGGUGCAGAAACAGAAACAAUGGAGUUAGGAAAUCAGAUUAGAUGA